UCAGCACCAUCCUGCAAGUUCCGUCCAGAGCUGUGCAGCGAGGCUGGGCUGGACAUGGUCCCCCGUCCUCAGCCUGACUCCUGCCUAGCUGGCAGCCUCCUGGGCCUGAUAUGUUUGUCCUUGCUCAUCCCUGCUGCAGCUGGGACCAGCUGUGACUGCGGCCUUGGCCUCAGCCGCGAAGCCCUCAUCGCCCUGAUUGUGGUGCUGGCAGGCAUUGGCGCCAGCUGCUUCUGUGCCCUGGUCAUUGUGGCCAUUGGUGUCUUUCGAGCCAAGGAUGAGACCUGCUCCAGACACAUGGACAGCAGGUUGGUGGAGCACUAUGGGACCCAGGAAGACUGCAUGGACAUGCGCUCGAUGCACAUGGAGUCCCACCUGGACCUGGAGGUCCCCAUGAUGCAGUCCAUGGAGGAGCAUGUCCUCAUGGAGGACACUCUAGAGGAGCUACCCCUACACCCCACGUAGGGCAGAGUGCCAAGCAACAGAAUUAAAACUAUUUAGUGGU